GAGUCUCACUCUUCUUGCCCAGGCUGGAGUGCAAUGGUGCAAUCUUGGCUCAGUGAAAUCUCUGCCUCCCGGGUUCAAGCGAUUCUCCUGCCUCAGCCUCCCAAGUAGUUGGGAUUACAAGUGGCUGCCACCACACCUGGCUAAUUUUUGUAUUUUUAGUAGAGAUGGGUUUCACCAUGUUGGUUAGGCUGGUCUCCAACUCCUGACCUCAGGUGAUCCACCCACCUCGGCCUCCCAAAGUGCUGGGAUUACAGGCAUGAGCCACUGCGCUCGGCCUCUCCUGCCUCUUUACCUUGAGUAUGGUCUGUAUCACAUGCUACCUUGUACCAUAAAUACAUUCUCUACUAGACUUUCUUUUUUUUUUUCCCAGAAGGAAAUAGUGUCUUUAAUUCAUACUGCAUUCUCCCUCAGUGCGUAGCACCAUGCUCAAUGUUUAUGUAUUUAAAUAGAAGUCUUAAACCAGAAGAAGUGAAAUCUACAAUCUCAAGAAUGAGCAUAGAGCCUGCACAAUGGCCAGAUGGUGUUUGUGCACCAUCAGUGUGACAUAUGUUUCCCAUGGCUCACAAGACUCUGCAGAAAUUGCUUACUUCUCCUACUCUAUCUUGUACCAUUCCUCUUCCUUCUACGCUCCAGCCACACUGGCCUUUUUUUGGUCUUUGAACACACUAAGUCUGCUCCCAUCUCUAGGCCUUUAUUCCUGGCAUUUCUGUCACCUGGAAUGGUCUACCUGCUGAUCUCUGCUGACUGCUUCUUUAAGACUCAGCUCAGUGUUUACCUCCUCAGAGAAGCUUUUCUUGAUCAUCUAUUUUAAACUAGGUUCCCAACUCCAGUUACUCUCUAUCAACUCACCUUAAUUCUCUGCAUAGCAUUUAUCUUUCUGAAAUUAACAUGUUCAUUUCUUUGCACUCACAUGUGAGCUCCAGGAGAGGAGGGACCUUGCCUGUCUUGUUCAAUGCUGUGCACCUUCAGUGGCUACCAUAGAGCCCGUGGUAUUAAGAAUGCUUUUGGCUGAAAGUAACAGAAUAUUCAUCUAAACGUGGCAUAAACUGCAGGGGUUUAUUUUUUCUUACAUAAAAAGGAACUAGAGGUAGGCAGUAUCAGGCCUGGUUCAACAGUUCAAUGUUAUCUGGAUUCUGCAUUGGCUUCUCUGAGAUUGUCUUGGCCUUGCCUCAUGGUUGCAAUAUGGCUGCCAAAGGUCAAAGCAUUGCAAGAAAACAUCCCUCUCAGGAAGAAAGUGGGGCCUGGGCCUCUCUCCUUUUUUUUUUUUUUUUAUCAAGGUAGAAAAACUUUCCCAGGAACCCUCCUCUCACACUUCCCUCUUAUAUCUCAUUGGCCCAAACUGAUUGGGAGUCUACACUGUCCCACUAGUCAAUAAGAGGGAGCUUAUCAUGGUUUUUUCAGCAGUCAUGAUUCAUCAGCUGAAGUUGGGCCUGCCUUCCUUAAACCCUGUGGCUCUGCCCUAUACCUGAAGUAAAUCUGGGCUCUCUUCGCAAGCAAAAUGUGUUAUAGCUAUUGUGGCAGUAACCAACAGCAUGAGCCACACAGGCAUUUAUGGAACAGAGAGUAUGAAUUCUUGGAGAUCUGCCUACACGCAACAAUUAACAAAUUUUACACGUACUGUGCAAAACUAAGAUUUGUGACACAAUGUCUUUAGAGGACUUCCAGGUCCCAGGCCCUCUAGGAGCCUCCAUAUAUAUGCUUUAUUGAGACUGAUGUGAUGGCUGAAAUAGGCUUACUGCGAAGAGACUUGGCCUUUUCUGGGUUCAAAGAAACCAUCACCACACAUGCCCUUGUUUCCAUAAUAAAGUCCCCUAAAAGACUGUUUGGUCUUUGAGGGUGGGGAAAGUGCCUGAUGGGUGGUGGUAGGACUGCUUUCAGAAGGGCUGCUCGAUCCCCCAGACUGAGGGCCGUUUUCAAACUCUCAACAAAUGAAAUAACCAGAUAGAAAACUGCCACCAUCAGUGGAGCCUUUCACUCUGCACUUCAGGAGGUCUGACAGGGUUACUAGUACUUCAAGAUUCCCGUCCCUAUUUCUGUCUUAAGCAUGUUCGUUUUAUGCCCUGUUAUGAGAUGUUCUUUGAUUCUUGGAAAAACAAUUUCUUGGAAGCUGAAAAGGGUAAGGGGAUGAAUAGGAAAUGGAAAGGUGAGUGCGGGGCACUUGUAAAAGCUACUAUAAGAUUGGUUAAGUCCUCCAAACCCAGGGAGAUGGGCCUUCCUAAUGCCCACCCCCACCCCACUCCUGGUGCAGUGAGUGCUGACCUAGGGAUCACCUGCCACAGGCUCAAGCUCCACCACCCAGCUCUCCCCCGUGGGGGACGCAGCGAGGGGUGCCGCCACAAUUAAGUUCCCACUUCCAGAAGCAUGCUCUCUCCCCAGUGUUGCCCCCUGUUAGGUGAGCCAACUGAGUAGGAAAACGGUGUGGGCGAGGAGGGGGACCCAGUCGAGCCGCUCACGCUGGAAAUCCGCUCUCUGUCCUUCGACAUUGGUGCGACCCUUCCCCACGGAGCACACAAAAGGCGGCUGCUCCACGUUGUUUUCCAGCCCCUAGCCGCCUGGGCCCUGGGGGCUUGUGGGGUGGAGGGAAUGAGAGUUCUCCAGCCCUCCUGCGGGCACUGCAGCUCGGAGGCGGGAGAGGAGCACUAGGGCGGGAGAGGAGCACGCCCCACUCUUGGAGACAUUUCAUCACCCCUCUCUGUUCCCCCACCCCACCCCGCCCGCCCCACUCAAGCGGAAAAAAAGCAGCAGCCCAGAUCUCCCCUCCCGGAUGCGGCUGCACCAGCAACAUCAGCUGCGGGCGGAGCCCGAGCGGUAGCCACUUCCCCCCUCUUCCCUCGUGACCCUCGCCCCCACCUCCAGUUCUCCCUCCCCCUCUACACACCCUUCCCCAUCAGACACACCCUCUUGCUUCGGCUGGUGGCGAUCUGAGCUCGGGCCCUCUAGGGGAGGGAGCUGCCGCCGCCGACGCCGUGGGGCAGGACAGUGAGCGGGCGAAGCGAGCGAGAAAAGGAGGGAAGGAGGGAACGAGGGAGGAGCAGCGGGUGGGAGGUGGGAGGGAGAAGCAGCGUGAGCCGCGCCGCCGCCGAGCUGCGAUGUGGCCGGCCGGCCGGCGAGUAAACAGAGGGAGCAGCAGCGGCCGCGGCCGCCGCGGGCCGGGGCAGUGAGUCCACCCGCCCGCCGAGACCCGCCCGCUGCCGCUGCCGCUGCCAUGGCCGAAGUGCGCAAAUUCACCAAACGGCUCAGCAAGCCUGGCACGGCGGCUGAGCUCCGGCAGAGCGUGUCUGAGGCCGUGCGGGGCUCCGUGGUGCUGGAAAAGGCCAAAGUUGUUGAGCCCCUGGACUAUGAGAAUGUUAUUGCCCAAAGAAAAACCCAGAUUUACAGCGACCCCCUCCGAGAUCUGCUUAUGUUUCCAAUGGAAGAUAUAUCUAUCUCAGUGAUAGGUCGUCAGCGCAGAACGGUGCAGUCCACUGUACCAGAAGAUGCUGAAAAGAGGGCCCAGAGUUUAUUUGUUAAAGAGUGUAUUAAAACCUAUAGCACAGAUUGGCACGUGGUAAACUACAAGUAUGAGGACUUCUCUGGGGACUUUCGAAUGUUGCCAUGUAAAUCUUUGAGACCAGAAAAGAUUCCUAAUCAUGUAUUUGAGAUAGAUGAAGACUGUGAGAAAGAUGAGGACUCAUCUUCUUUAUGUUCUCAGAAGGGUGGUGUGAUAAAACAAGGCUGGUUGCAUAAAGCAAAUGUAAAUAGCACCAUCACAGUAACCAUGAAGGUAUUCAAGAGACGAUAUUUUUACUUGACCCAGCUUCCUGACGGUUCAUAUAUUCUCAAUUCCUAUAAAGAUGAGAAAAAUUCAAAAGAAUCGAAAGGUUGCAUCUACUUGGACGCCUGCAUUGAUGUUGUUCAGUGCCCCAAAAUGCGCCGUCAUGCUUUUGAACUCAAGAUGUUAGAUAAAUAUAGCCAUUAUCUGGCUGCUGAAACUGAGCAGGAAAUGGAGGAAUGGUUGAUAACUUUGAAAAGGAUUAUUCAGAUCAACACCGACAGUUUAGUUCAAGAAAAAAAGGAGACGGUAGAAACAGCACAAGAUGAUGAAACUAGCAGCCAAGGAAAAGCCGAGAACAUCAUGGCAAGUUUGGAAAGGAGCAUGCAUCCAGAACUGAUGAAGUAUGGAAGAGAAACCGAACAACUAAACAAACUCAGUAGAGGAGAUGGAAGACAGAAUCUCUUUUCUUUUGAUUCAGAAGUUCAGAGGUUGGACUUUUCAGGAAUUGAACCUGAUAUAAAGCCAUUUGAAGAAAAAUGCAACAAACGUUUCCUGGUAAAUUGCCAUGAUUUAACUUUCAAUAUCUUGGGCCAACUUGGAGACAAUGCAAAAGGACCACCCACAAAUGUUGAGCCCUUUUUUAUCAAUCUUGCCUUAUUUGAUGUAAAGAACAAUUGUAAGAUUUCAGCAGACUUUCAUAUAGACCUGAAUCCCCCAUCUGUCCGUGAAAUGCUGUGGGGCUCUUCAACCCAACUGGCCAGUGACGGUAGCCCAAAGGGCUCUUCACCCGAAUCUUACAUUCAUGGAAUUGCCGAAUCUCAGUUACGCUACAUACAACAGGGAAUUUUCUCAGUGACGAAUCCACAUCCUGAAAUUUUUCUAGUUGCGAGAAUUGAAAAGGUACUACAGGGAAACAUUACACACUGUGCAGAACCCUAUAUCAAAAAUUCUGAUCCAGUAAAGACGGCCCAGAAGGUGCACAGGACAGCUAAACAAGUGUGUAGCCGCCUUGGACAAUACAGAAUGCCCUUCGCUUGGGCUGCCAGACCCAUUUUCAAAGAUACUCAAGGCUCUCUCGAUCUGGAUGGGAGAUUUUCUCCUCUGUAUAAACAAGACAGUAGCAAGCUUUCAAGUGAAGACAUUCUCAAGUUGCUCUCAGAAUAUAAGAAGCCAGAAAAGACCAAACUUCAGAUUAUUCCUGGGCAGCUAAACAUCACAGUAGAAUGUGUUCCUGUGGAUUUAUCAAAUUGUAUUACUUCUUCAUAUGUGCCCUUGAAGCCUUUUGAAAAGAAUUGCCAAAAUAUUACCGUGGAGGUUGAAGAGUUUGUUCCAGAAAUGACAAAAUAUUGUUAUCCAUUUACUAUUUACAAAAACCAUCUGUAUAUAUAUCCCUUGCAAUUAAAAUACGAUAGCCAGAAAACAUUUGCCAAGGCAAGGAACAUUGCAGUCUGUGUGGAAUUCCGGGAUUCAGAUGAAAGUGACGCUAGUGCCCUAAAGUGUAUUUAUGGAAAACCUGCAGGGUCUGUUUUUACCACAAAUGCUUAUGCUGUUGUCUCGCAUCACAAUCAAAAUCCAGAGUUCUAUGAUGAGAUUAAAAUUGAGCUUCCCAUUCACCUACAUCAAAAACAUCAUUUGCUUUUCACUUUUUAUCAUGUAAGUUGUGAAAUUAACACAAAGGGAACAACCAAAAAGCAAGACACAGUUGAAACUCCAGUUGGGUUUGCCUGGGUACCUUUGCUGAAAGAUGGUAGAAUCAUCACAUUUGAGCAGCAGCUGCCAGUUUCCGCCAAUCUUCCCCCAGGCUACUUGAAUCUGAAUGAUGCAGAAUCAAGAAGGCAAUGUAACGUGGAUAUUAAAUGGGUAGAUGGUGCAAAGCCUUUGUUGAAGAUUAAAAGCCACUUAGAAUCUACCAUUUACACUCAAGAUCUGCAUGUGCACAAAUUCUUCCAUCAUUGCCAGCUGAUUCAGUCGGGCUCGAAAGAAGUUCCAGGGGAGCUUAUUAAAUAUUUAAAGUGUUUGCAUGCCAUGGAGAUCCAAGUCAUGAUACAGUUUCUACCUGUAAUUCUUAUGCAACUCUUCCGAGUUCUCACAAAUAUGACCCAUGAAGAUGACGUACCUAUCAACUGCACCAUGGUUCUCUUACAUAUUGUAUCAAAGUGCCAUGAGGAAGGCUUGGAUGGUUAUUUAAGAUCAUUCAUAAAGUAUAGCUUCCGACCUGAAAAACCGAGUGCUCCUCAGGCCCAGCUGAUACAUGAAACCCUGGCUACUACGAUGAUAGCAAUAUUGAAACAGUCUGCAGAUUUUUUAUCAAUAAACAAAUUGCUAAAGUACUCAUGGUUUUUCUUUGAAAUAAUUGCAAAGUCAAUGGCCACAUACUUGUUGGAAGAGAAUAAGAUUAAGCUUCCCCGAGGCCAGAGAUUUCCCGAGACGUAUCAUCACGUCUUACAUUCACUGCUUCUUGCAAUAAUUCCCCAUGUGACUAUUCGGUAUGCAGAGAUUCCCGACGAGUCCAGAAAUGUGAACUAUAGUUUGGCUAGCUUCCUGAAGCGCUGUUUGACACUAAUGGAUAGAGGAUUUAUUUUCAAUUUAAUAAAUGACUAUAUAUCUGGAUUCAGCCCCAAAGAUCCUAAGGUUCUGGCUGAAUACAAGUUUGACUUUCUGCAAACAAUUUGCAAUCACGAACAUUACAUUCCUUUGAACUUGCCAAUGGCAUUUGCAAAACCUAAACUGCAGCGGGUUCAAGAUUUUUUUUCAUUUGCGGUGGACCGUUUGACUUCAGUAGAUUCAAAUCUUGAAUACAGUUUAUCAGAUGAGUAUUGCAAGCAUCACUUCUUGGUUGGUCUACUUCUGAGGGAAACUUCCAUUGCUCUUCAGGACAAUUAUGAGAUCAGAUAUACAGCUAUCUCUGUCAUAAAGAAUCUUUUGAUAAAACAUGCAUUUGACACAAGAUACCAGCACAAGAACCAACAAGCCAAAAUAGCACAAUUGUACCUCCCCUUUGUUGGACUACUUUUGGAAAAUAUACAGCGAUUAGCAGGUCGAGAUACCUUGUAUUCUUGUGCAGCCAUGCCUAAUUCUGCAUCCAGAGAUGAGUUUCCAUGUGGCUUUACUUCACCUGCCAAUAGAGGGAGUCUGAGCACUGACAAAGACACCGCUUAUGGGUCUUUUCAAAAUGGACAUGGAAUUAAGAGAGAAGAUUCAAGAGGUUCCCUCAUCCCAGAAGGAGCAACAGGAUUUCCAGAUCAGGGCAACACUGGUGAAAAUACCCGACAGAGUUCUACAAGGAGUAGUGUAUCCCAGUAUAACCGCCUGGAUCAGUAUGAAAUCAGAAGCCUCCUGAUGUGCUACCUGUAUAUAGUAAAAAUGAUUUCAGAAGAUACUCUCUUAACUUACUGGAAUAAAGUAUCACCUCAGGAGCUCAUAAACAUUCUUAUACUUUUAGAAGUAUGUUUGUUUCACUUUAGAUAUAUGGGGAAAAGAAACAUAGCAAGGGUGCAUGAUGCCUGGCUGUCAAAACACUUUGGAAUAGACCGAAAAUCGCAAACCAUGCCUGCUCUUCGAAACAGAUCAGGAGUAAUGCAGGCCCGGCUUCAGCAUCUUAGUAGCCUAGAAAGUUCAUUUACACUUAAUCACAGUUCUACAACAACUGAAGCAGACAUUUUCCACCAGGCACUUCUUGAAGGCAAUACAGCUACUGAAGUUUCCCUAACAGUACUAGAUACCAUAUCAUUUUUCACUCAGUGCUUCAAGACCCAACUUUUAAAUAAUGAUGGCCAUAACCCAUUAAUGAAAAAAGUGUUUGAUAUACAUCUUGCUUUUCUUAAAAAUGGACAAUCUGAAGUGUCGCUGAAACAUGUAUUUGCCUCACUGAGAGCUUUCAUCAGUAAGUUUCCUUCAGCAUUUUUCAAAGGAAGAGUAAACAUGUGUGCUGCAUUUUGCUAUGAGGUUUUAAAGUGCUGCACAUCAAAGAUUAGCUCAACCAGGAAUGAAGCAUCUGCACUUUUGUAUCUUUUGAUGAGAAACAACUUUGAGUAUACCAAAAGGAAAACCUUUUUGAGGACACAUCUACAGAUAAUAAUUGCUGUAAGCCAGCUGAUAGCUGAUGUAGCACUAAGCGGAGGAUCAAGAUUUCAGGAGUCUUUAUUCAUUAUCAAUAAUUUUGCAAAUAGUGACAGACCUAUGAAGGCAACUGCCUUUCCCACAGAAGUCAAAGACUUGACCAAGAGAAUCCGCACUGUUCUUAUGGCCACUGCCCAAAUGAAGGAGCAUGAGAAAGACCCUGAAAUGCUAAUUGAUCUCCAGUAUAGCUUAGCCAAGUCCUAUGCAAGCACCCCAGAGCUCAGGAAAACCUGGCUUGAUAGCAUGGCCAAGAUUCAUGUAAAAAAUGGAGAUUUUUCAGAGGCUGCGAUGUGUUAUGUCCAUGUAGCAGCUCUAGUUGCAGAGUUUCUUCAUCGAAAAAAAUUAUUUCCUAAUGGAUGUUCAGCCUUCAAGAAAAUUACUCCCAAUAUAGAUGAAGAAGGAGCAAUGAAAGAAGAUGCUGGGAUGAUGGAUGUCCAUUAUAGUGAAGAGGUCUUGCUGGAGUUGCUAGAACAAUGUGUGGAUGGCUUAUGGAAGGCAGAACGUUAUGAAAUAAUUUCUGAGAUUUCCAAGUUGAUCAUUCCAAUUUAUGAGAAACGUCGUGAGUUUGAGAAACUUACUCAAGUUUAUAGAACUCUUCAUGGAGCUUACACAAAAAUUCUGGAAGUUAUGCAUACAAAAAAGAGACUUUUAGGCACUUUCUUCAGAGUUGCCUUUUAUGGCCAAUCUUUUUUUGAAGAAGAAGAUGGAAAGGAGUACAUCUAUAAAGAACCAAAGCUCACUGGCCUCUCAGAAAUUUCCUUGAGACUUGUUAAACUUUAUGGUGAAAAGUUUGGUACGGAGAAUGUCAAAAUAAUUCAGGAUUCAGACAAGGUAAAUGCCAAAGAGCUUGAUCCAAAAUAUGCUCAUAUACAAGUUACUUAUGUGAAGCCUUACUUUGAUGACAAAGAACUCACAGAAAGGAAGACCGAGUUUGAAAGAAAUCAUAAUAUCAGCAGAUUUGUUUUUGAGGCCCCUUACACUUUAUCAGGCAAAAAACAGGGCUGUAUAGAAGAACAGUGCAAACGCCGUACAAUCUUGACAACUUCAAACUCGUUUCCCUAUGUGAAGAAGAGGAUUCCUAUUAACUGUGAACAGCAGAUUAAUUUAAAACCAAUUGAUGUUGCCACUGAUGAAAUAAAAGAUAAAACUGCAGAGCUGCAAAAGCUUUGCUCCUCUACUGACGUGGACAUGAUUCAGCUCCAACUUAAAUUGCAGGGCUGUGUUUCUGUGCAGGUCAAUGCUGGUCCAUUAGCAUAUGCAAGAGCUUUCUUAAAUGACAGUCAAGCUAGCAAGUAUCCACCUAAGAAAGUGAGUGAGUUGAAAGACAUGUUUAGGAAAUUUAUACAAGCAUGCAGCAUUGCACUUGAACUAAAUGAGCGGCUAAUUAAAGAAGAUCAAGUUGAGUACCAUGAAGGGCUAAAGUCAAAUUUCAGAGACAUGGUAAAAGAAUUAUCUGACAUUAUCCAUGAGCAGAUAUUACAAGAAGACACAAUGCAUUCUCCCUGGAUGAGCAACACAUUACAUGUAUUUUGUGCAAUUAGUGGUACAUCAAGUGACCGAGGUUAUGGUUCCCCAAGAUACGCUGAAGUGUGAGGAAAUGCAGAUGUACGUGACAAUGAGACUGACCUUUCUCAGGAAUAUUUGGAGCUGUGCAAAUGUUAAAAUUUAAAGAUUUGAUAUACAUGGGGUGUUUCUUCUCGACACCAAAAUUUUCAUGUGUUCCAACAGGGUGCUUACAUAUUUGUAAAUAAGCAACUUGAAAGUGCCUGGAAAAUUGCACCACUGUGCUUGGUUUGUACUUUUUUAGGUAAAUCUAUAUGCUGAAAAGUAGAGCUCAAAAACAGUAGUUCAAUUUGCUUAAUUAUUGCUUAAAAUAAUAAUGGUACUAUGUAAAAUUGUAUAAUGGAAUACAAUAAAAGGUAAAACUUAUUUCUAA